AUGGGCGCCGCGGCCCUGCGCGCCCUGCCCUGGGCGCUGCUGCUGCUGGGGCCGCUGCUGCCCAGGCAGGGCUUGCAGGCCAACCCCAUGGUGACCUCCGAGCCCUCGCCGGGCCAGCCCGCCCCGCUGCCCGCCGGGGAGAUCGGGGGCUUCACCCCCGCGCCCCCCGCGGCCCCCGAGGUGAUCCACCCCCUCAAGGAGCAGCCGGCCAACGGCUCGGGAGAGGGGCACGCCAAGCCCCGCAAGCCCUUCCCCGUGCUGGGCAUCGACUACACGCACGUCCGCAUCCCCUUCGAGAUCUCCCUGUGGAUCCUCCUGGCCUGCCUCAUGAAGCUGGGCUUCCACGUGAUCCCUUCAGUGUCCAGCAUCGUCCCCGAGAGCUGCCUGCUCAUCGUGGUGGGCCUUCUGGUCGGGGGGCUCAUCAAAGGGGUGGGCGAGAAGCCCCCCAUCCUCAAGUCGGACAUCUUCUUCCUCUUCCUCCUCCCGCCCAUCAUCCUGGACGCCGGCUACUUCCUCCCCUUGCGCCAGUUCACCGAGAACCUGGGCACCAUCCUCAUCUUCGCCGUGGUGGGGACGCUCUGGAACGCCUUCUUCCUGGGGGGGCUGAUGUACGCCGUGUGCCAGCUGGGCGGCCCCGGCCUCAACCACAUCGGCCUCCUGGCCAACCUGCUCUUCGGCAGCAUCAUCUCCGCCGUGGACCCCGUGGCCGUGCUGGCCGUGUUCGAGGAGAUCCACAUCAACGAGCUGCUCCACAUCCUGGUCUUCGGGGAGUCGCUGCUCAACGACGCCGUCACGGUGGUCCUCUACCACCUCUUUGAGGAGUUUGCCAACUUCGAGCAGGUGACCAUCCUCGAUAUCAUCCUCGGCUUCCUCAGCUUCUUCGUGGUGUCCCUGGGCGGCGUCUUGGUGGGCGUCAUUUACGGGGUGAUCGCCGCCUUCACGUCCCGCUUCACCUCCCACAUCCGAGUCAUCGAGCCCCUCUUCGUCUUCCUCUACAGCUACAUGGCCUAUCUCUCUGCCGAGCUCUUCCACCUCUCCGGCAUCAUGGCGCUCAUCGCCUCUGGCGUGGUCAUGAGGCCUUAUGUGGAAGCCAACAUCUCCCACAAGUCCCACACCACCAUCAAGUAUUUCCUCAAGAUGUGGAGCAGCGUGAGCGAGACCCUCAUCUUCAUCUUCCUGGGUGUCUCCACCGUGGCUGGUCACCACUACUGGAACUGGACCUUCGUCAUCAGCACGCUGCUCUUCUGCCUCAUCGCCAGGGUGUUAGGUGUCCUGGUCCUCACCUGGUUCAUCAACAAGUUCCGAAUUGUGAAGCUGACGCCGAAGGACCAGUUCAUCAUCGCCUACGGGGGCCUGCGGGGAGCCAUCGCCUUCUCCCUCGGGUACCUCCUGGACUACAAACAUUUCGGCAUGAGGGACAUGUUCCUCACAGCCAUCAUCACCGUCAUCUUCUUCACAGUUUUCGUGCAGGGCAUGACCAUCCGGCCCUUGGUGGACCUGCUGGCCGUGAAGAAGAAGCAAGAGACAAAGCGCUCCAUCAACGAAGAGAUCCACACGCAGUUCUUGGAUCACCUUCUGACGGGGAUCGAGGACAUCUGUGGUCACUACGGGCAUCACCACUGGAAGGACAAGCUGAACCGCUUCAACAAGAAGUAUGUGAAGAAGUGCCUGAUCGCAGGGGAGCGCUCCAAGGAGCCCCAGCUCAUCGCCUUCUACCACAAGAUGGAGAUGAAACAGGCCAUCGAGCUGGUGGAGAGUGGGGGCAUAGGCAAGAUCCCCUCCGCUGUCUCCACCGUCUCCAUCCAGAAUAUCAACCCCAAGUCCCUCCCUGUGGAACGUAUCCUGCCGGCCCUGUCCAAGGACAAGGAGGAGGAGAUCCGGAAAAUCCUCCGCAACAACCUGCAGAAAACCAGGCAGAGGUUGCGAUCCUACAACCGGCACACGCUCGUGGCCGACCCCUACGAGGAGGCCUGGAACCAGAUGCUCCUGCGGAGGCAGAAGGCCCGGCAGCUGGAACAGAAGAUGAACAACUACCUGACGGUGCCGGCUCACAGGCUGGACUCGCCCACCAUGUCCCGGGCUCGCAUAGGCUCAGACCCGCUGGCCUACGAACCCAAGGCGGACUCUGAGAACCUGCCCAUCAUCACCAUCGACCCGGCCUCGCCGCAGUCCCCCGAGUCGGUGGACCUGAUGAACGAGGAGCCCAAGGGCUGCAGCGGCCUCCCACCCUCGCCCGAGGAGGAUGAGGAGGGGCUGGUGAUGCGGGUGAAGGAGCCCUCCUCCCCGGGGACUGAUGAUGUCUUCACCCCGGGGACCGGCGACAGCCCCAGCAACCAGCGGAUGCUGCGGUGCCUGAGCGACCCGGGGCCCCGGCCGGAGCCGGAGGAGGGGGAGCCCUUCAUCCCCAAGGGGCAGUAGCUGCUGGCACGAAGCCUUGUUGUCGUUA